GCUACGCAGCUUUCCAGCAGCUAUAUAACGCGCUGGCCUGCUGCAGACAUUGGAGACCCAAGCUUCUUCUUGAGCACUAGCAGUAGCUCCUAGCCCAGCCAGCCAGCCAUGGGGAGGGGGAGUGGGGUGAUGGGGAGCAAAGCUGUGGCGCUCGCGCUGCUGCUCUGCCUGAGCAGCGCGGCGGUGGGCGCGUGGGCGAGGCCCGUGGCUAACAAGGGGAAGCACGUCGCCGACGAGAAGUUCCUGUUGCUGAAGAAGCACUUCGGGAAGGGACUUGGAGGUGGCCUUGGGAAGGGCGGCGGGCUCGGUGGAGGUGGCGGUGGCGGCUACGGUGGCGGAGGAGGGCUCGGUGGUGGUGGAGGACUAGGUGGUGGCGCUGGCCAUGGUGUCGGUGGAGGUCUUGGUGGUGGGUUUGGCAAAGGAGGAGGGCUUGGCGGCGGAUUUGGUAAGGGCGGUGGACUCGGCGGGGGUAUUGGUAAAGGUGGUGGUUUUGGUAAUGGCGGUGGACUUGGCGGGGGCAUUGGUGAAGGUGGUGGAAUAGGCCAUGGCAUUGGUGGUGGUAUCGGCAAAGGUGGCGGUCUUGGUGGUGGUAUCGGCAAAGGUGGAGGCCUUGGCGGUGGUUUUGGUAAAGGUGGAGGUCUUGGCGGAGGCAUUGGUAAAGGUGGUGGUCUUGGUAGUGGAAUUGGACAGGGCAUUGGCGGUGGUUUUGGUAAAGGUGGAGGUCUUGGCGGUGGCAUCGGCAAAGGUGGAGGACUCGGUGGUGGAUUUGGUAAGGGUGGAGGUCUUGGAGGCGGCAUCGGCAAAGGUGGCGGUCUUGGUGGAGGAAUAGGCCAUGGCAUCGGCGGUGGUUUUGGUAAAGGUGGAGGUCUUGGUGGUGGCAUCGGCAAAGGCGGAGGACUCGGUGGUGGUACCGGUGGCGACUAUGGCAAUGGCGGUGGCCUCGGAGGCGGCAUCGGCCAUGGCCUUGGCGGUGGUCUCGGAAAUGGCGGUGGCCUCGGAGGCGGCAUGGGCCAUGGCCUUGGUGGUGGUCUCGGAAAUGGUGGGGGUCUCGGAAAUGGCGGUGGCCUCGGAGGCGGCAUCGGCCAUGGCCUUGGCGGUGGCAUUGGAAAGGGUGGGGGUCUCGGUGGCGGCUUUGGCAAAGGUGGUGGACUAGGCGGUGGCUUUGGCGGCGGAGGCGGCGGAGGUGGCGGCGGCGGCGGUGGCUUCGGCGGAGGCUUUGGCAAGGGAGGCGGCUUCGGUUUCGGGAUCGGCAAAGGCGGCGGUGGCGGGAUCGGCGGCGGGCACUGAUGUUGUAUUUUGUAUACAUACGUUUGGCUCAGCUCUGUUCUGCUGAGCGCCGUUGGGCAUCUAGUAUUCUGUUGAUGUGAGCAGUCCGUGUGACGAAAUAUAUUUUCCCUUGUAGAAACUCUUCCUAGCACGUAGUAUUAUUAUUACGUUGCUUCUCCUCUGCUCUCAUUUGGAGAGAUCAUCUUGUACCUGUACGUUGGUGAUGCUAAUCUAAUAAUCACAGUAUGUGUUGGUUCA